CGGUGGGGAGGAGGGGUCGUGUUUAGCUGCAGUUGAGUGUGAUCGGUGAGGGUGUCCGGAGCUCGCCAGGUCGGGGACCCUGACAUCUGGGGUGCCGCCUCCCGCGAGGAGCCAAGGGAAGGGACGCUGCCCGGCCAGGUGAAAAUGAGCUCUUCAAUACGAAGAAAAGGCAAGCCAGGCAAAGGAGGUGGUAAAGGGUCUUCGAGAGGAGGAAGAGGAAGCAGGAGUCACAGUAAUAAACCACAUGGGGGCUGCGGUGGAGGUGGCGGUGGCGGCAGUGGCAAUAGAAAAGCAUCAAGUAGAAUUUGGGAUGAUGGCGAUGACUUUUGUAUCUUCACUGAAUCAAAGCGUUCAUCCAGACCCAGCAGUAGUAACAUAAACAAAGGAGAGACACGCCCUAAAUGGAAGCCCAAAGCCAAAGUACCUCUUCAGACUCUGCAUAUGACCUCAGAGAAUCAAGAGAAAGUAAAAGCCCUUCUGCGGGACCUACAAGAACAAGAUGCGGACGCUGGAUCUGAAAAAAGCAUUUCUGGGGAAGAAGAUGAUGACGAGCCUGAUUGUGGUGAUGGGGAACAACACUGGCCAGGUGGACAAGGGCCUUCCCUUGUUUCUGACUCUGAGCCUUGGGAGUAUACUGGCUCCCACACAGCACAGCCGCGUGUUCCAGAGAUUGCCGUCUCACCAUUUGCAGUGCAUAAACUUUCCAGGUACGGCUUCCACACUGAGCGCUGCCAUGCGGCCCUGGGGGCCUGUGAUGGGGACAUGGGGGCGGCACUAGAGCUGCUGCUCAGCCAGUGCUUCUCGGAGAGAUUCGGAGAGAGGAUGAAGGUCUCGGAGGCAGCUGGCCACGCGCGCUGGGACGAGUGUGUGGAGCAGAGACAGGAAGAAGCACUUGCUCUCAAGUCAAUAUGUGGGGAGAAAUUUAUAGAAAGAAUUCAGAACCGAGUCUGGACCAUUGGAUUGGAACUGGAGUAUUUAACAAAACAAUUCUGCAAGUCCAAGCAAAAGGAAAGUGCCAAAAAUGUACAGGACACUUCACCUGAAACCUGUAAAUUUUACCUCAAAGGAAAUUGUAAAUUUGGAUCAAAAUGCAAAUUCAAACACGAAGUGCCCCCAAAUCAAAUUGUUGGAAGAGCAGAAAGAAUUGUCGAUGAUUCUCAUCUCAAUGCUGAGGAAGAUGCACCUUUUUUAUAUGAGCUUGAGAUUCGAUUUUCUAAGGACCACAAAUACCCCUAUCAAGCUCCCCUUGUGGCGUUUUAUUCCACCAAUGAGAAUCUACCUCUGGCUUGUCGUUUACAUAUCUCUGAAUUUCUUUUUGGCAAGGCCUUGACACUUGCAAAAACUUCAGAACCUGUUGUAUAUUCCUUGAUAACACUUUUAGAGGAAGAGUCAGAAAUUGCCAAGUUACUAACAAAUACCCAUCACAAAUAUAGUGUCCCGCCUGUGAACUUCGUGCCAGUCCCUUCUGGGAUGAGGAUAAAUAAUCCUGCCUGCUGUAAACCUGUGAUUCCAAAUAAUUCUUUUCUUUCAAGUCAAAUUCCAGAAGUUGAAGAGAUGUCAGACCCCGAGGAGGAAGCAGGUGGGGAUGAAGGCCCUGCACCAGUCUUGGUGGAGAAUGAAAGCUACGCAAAUCCAAAGAAAAAGAUUGACAAAAGAUCUGACUGGCAGGCAAAACCACUACAUGCUGAAAACGGUAAAAUCUGCAAACAGUUCCGAAUGAAACAGGCUUCUGGACACUUCCACUCAAUUCUGCAAGAGAGACGGUCGCUUCCUGCUUGGGAGGAAAGAGAAACCAUCCUUAAAUUGUUGAGCAAGCACCAGGUGGUUGUCAUAAGUGGUAUGACCGGAUGUGGAAAAACCACACAGAUUCCACAGUUUAUUCUGGAUGAUUCUCUGAACGGGCCACCUGAGAAGGUGGCGAACAUCAUCUGUACACAGCCCCGACGAAUAUCUGCCAUCUCUGUUGCUGAACGCGUUGCUAAGGAACGAGCAGAAAGAGUGGGUCUGACUGUGGGAUACCAGAUUCGGUUAGAAAGUGUCAAGUCCUCAGCCACCAGGCUGUUGUACUGCACCACGGGAGUGCUGCUGAGAAGGCUCGAAGGGGAUGCAGCUCUGCAUGGAGUCACCCAUAUCAUUGUUGAUGAAGUCCACGAGAGGACAGAGGAAAGUGACUUCUUGCUGCUAGUUUUGAAGGACAUUUUGUUGCAGAGACCAACGCUUCAAGUCAUUCUGAUGAGUGCAACUUUAAAUGCUGAGCUCUUUUCAGAGUACUUCAACUCCUGUCCAGUUAUUACUAUACCAGGUCGUACAUUUCCUGUUGAUCAAUUUUUUCUGGAAGAUGCAAUUGCUGUGACAAGAUAUGCAUUGCAGGACGGGAGCCCUUACAUGCGGUCCAUGAAGCAGAUUGCCAAGGAAAAGCUGAAAGCCAGGCGUAACAGAACUGCAUUUGAAGAGGUAGAGGAAGACCUGAGACAGUCCCUUCACCUCCAGGACCAGGGGUCCAUCAACGAUGCAAUGCCAGAUCAGCAGUUAGAUUUCAAGCAGCUCCUAGCCCGCUACAAAGGGCUGAGCAAAUCAGUCAUCAAGACGAUGUCAGUUAUGGAUUUUGAAAAGGUGAACCUUGAAUUAAUAGAAGCCUUGUUAGAGUGGAUUGUGGAUGGCAAGCACUCCUACCCUCCAGGUGCAAUACUUGUAUUUUUACCAGGACUCGCAGAAAUCAAAAUGCUUUAUGAACAGCUACAGUCUAAUUCUCUUUUCAACAAUAGACGUAGUAAUCGAUGUGUUAUUCACCCACUUCACUCAUCUUUAUCCAGUGAAGAGCAGCAGGCUGUGUUUGUGAAACCUCCAGUAGGUGUAACUAAGAUUAUAAUCUCCACCAACAUUGCUGAGACAUCCAUAACCAUCGACGAUGUUGUCUACGUCAUCGACUCUGGGAAGAUGAAGGAAAAGAGAUAUGAUGCCAGCAAAGGGAUGGAGAGUCUGGAGGACACGUUUGUCUCACAAGCCAAUGCCCUGCAGAGGAAAGGCCGGGCCGGCCGUGUUGCCUCGGGGCUUUGCUUCCAUUUGUUCACCAGCCACCACUACAGCCACCAGCUUUUAAAACAGCAGCUACCAGAAAUACAAAGAGUGCCACUGGAACAGCUGUGUCUGAGAAUUAAAAUUUUAGAAAUGUUUAGUGCUCAUAGUCUUCAAUCUGUGUUCUCACGUCUCAUUGAACCUCCACAUGCUGAUUCUCUUCGCGCCUCAAAGAUACGAUUGCGAGACCUGGGAGCCUUAACCCCAGAUGAAAAACUGACCCCACUGGGCUAUCACUUGGCCUCUCUGCCUGUCGACGUAAGAAUCGGCAAACUGAUGCUGUUUGGAUCUAUUUUCCGCUGUCUGGAUCCUGCCCUCACUAUUGCUGCCAGCUUAGCCUUUAAGUCUCCUUUUGUGUCUCCCUGGGAUAAAAAGGAGGAGGCUAACCAAAAAAAGCUGGAAUUUGCAUUUGCAAACAGUGAUUAUCUGGCCCUUUUACGUGCAUAUAAGGGAUGGCAGCAGAGUACAAAAGAAGGUCCUCGUGCGGGCUACAACUACUGCAGACAGAACUUCCUGUCCGGGAGAGCGCUGCAGGAAAUGGCAAGCCUUAAAAGGCAGUUCACGGAACUGUUGUCAGAUAUAGGGUUCGUAAAAGAGGGACUCAGAGCAAGGGACAUUGAAAAAUGGGCCCAAGGAGGAGAUGGUGUCCUAGAUGCCACAGGAGAAGAGGCAAACAUAAAUGCGGAGAACCCCAAGCUAAUAUCAGCAAUGCUUUGUGCUGCUCUGUAUCCAAAUGUCGUGCAGGUAAAGGCCCCAGAAGGAAAAUUUCAGAAGACCAGUACUGGAGCUGUCAGAAUGCCACCAAAAUCAGCUGAGUUGAAGUUUGUCACCAAGAGUGAUGGAUAUGUCCAUAUUCAUCCUUCCUCAGUGAAUUAUCAGGUCAGACACUUCGACAGCCCCUACCUGUUGUACCAUGAGAAGAUCAAAACGAGCCGGGUAUUCAUCCGAGACUGCAGUAUGGUAUCUGUGUACCCCUUGGUCUUGUUUGGAGGAGGCCAGGUGAAUGUGCAGCUUCAGAGGGGAGAGUUCGUUGUCUCCUUGGAUGACGGUUGGAUCCGUUUUGUAGCUGCUUCCCACCAGGUGGCUGAGUUGGUAAAGGAACUUCGUUGUGAACUGGACCAGCUCCUCCAAGAUAAAAUUAAGAACCCAAGCAUAGACCUGUGUUCCUGUCCUCGGGGCUCCCGGAUCAUCAGCACAAUUGUGAAACUUGUCACCACACAGUAAAGCCUUGUGCUAAGAGAGUGCUUGCUCUUCACCUGCCUCUGGCUCCCCCGGAAGUCACAGCAGCCUUUCUACCUCCACUAGAAACCUGAGCUGGGCUGGCCCUAGGGAAGCAGGGCUGGGUGCUCAGGUCGCACAGGUCACAAACUGAAGGGGCUUUCCACACUUGGUGUUUCUGACAGAGUGGGGACACUCCCAGCACAAUUUGGAGCGUCAGUGAUGGAACAGUCUGAAACCCAGCUAGCCACUUUUUCUCUGUGAUUGUUCUAGACGGAAUGAAAUUCACCUAAUAACAUAAAAGUGAAUGUUUAAUGCAAUUCUGCAUUAAUCUAUAUAUUCCCUUUCUUCUACUUUCUAUUAUGUAUACAUAAACAGUGUAUUCUUUUCUCUUGUUUUUUAUCAGGCAUGAGGAGAAAUAGUUGUUUGGGUUGUUUGGUUUUUGUUUUGUUUUGUUUUGUUUUGUCUUUCCUCCUGUCAUUAUAAAGGUUUAAUUGCAAGAACUCAGAUCAGAGCAGGAAAAACAAAUCAUGUGAGCAAGAAAAAUAAAAACUUCAUUUUAGACAAA